AUUAAGGGAAUUUAUGCUAGUAUGAUCAGUGUGUUGUUUGUUCAGCUCAAACUCAGCCAUGAAGCUCUUCCUCGUUUUGGCCCUUGUGGCAACAUCGGCCCUUGCCGCUCAGAGGCGUUACGAUGGGUAUCAGGUAUUUGAAGUGAAUCCCAAAAACAAGGUUUCGCUGGAAGUUUUGACUAAACUGAAAAAUGAAAGGAGCGAUGUCUACGAUUUCUGGACUGAGCCACGAAACAUCAACCUCCCCGUUGAUAUCAUGGUUCCUCCAGCAUUCGCCUCCACCUUCAUCAAUUUAAUGCGAACUUUCGAUGUUGAUUACAAAGUCAAGAUUGCCGACGUCGAGGCCAUGAUCGAAGCUGGUCGUAAAGAUAUUGCCAAGCCCAUUAUCCACAAGGAACCCCGCCUUACCCGCGCUGGAGCUCCUCGCUAUUCCCUCAACUGGGAAUCGUACUCCGACCUCCCUGCCAUUGAAGAAUUCCUCGCCGAGUUGUCUGCUGCUUAUCCUAACUUGAUGACUACCACAGUGGUUGGACAAAGCUACGAGGGUAACAACAUGAACUUGGUCAAGAUCUCCACUGGAGGAACUGGCAAAAAGGCCAUUUUCGUCGAUGGCGGUAUCCAUGCUCGCGAAUGGAUCUCUCCUGCCUACGUCACCUGGUUGAUCCAUGAGUUGGUCGAGAACUAUGCUGCCCAUCCCCAAUACGUUGACAACAUCGACUGGUACAUCAUGCCUGUUAUCAACCCCGAUGGUUACCGUUACACCUUCGCUGCAAAUGGAGACCGCUUGUGGCGCAAAAAUCGAAGGCCAAAUGAUGGCAGCGCUUGCAUUGGCACGGACAUGAAUAGGAACUUUGAUUUUCAUUGGGACGAAGGAGGUAGCUCUGAUUUGCCUUGUGCCGAAACCUACAACGGAGGUGCUGCUUUCAGUGAAAUCGAAUCGAGAAUCAUCCGCGACACCAUUCUAGGGAUUGCCAAUCAAACUAUGGUCUACCUGACAGUCCACUCUUACGGGCAGUACUGGCUUACUCCAUGGGGCUACACAGCAGAAUUACCCGCAAACUACGACCAGCUUUACGAUUUGGCUGUUCGGGCUGUCGACAAGCUCACCGCUGUCUACGGAACUCAGUAUACAAUAGGAUCAUCUACCAAUGUUCUUUACGUCAAUACCGGACCUAGCGAUGACUGGGCAAUGGGAGGGGCCGGAAUUCCUUAUGCCUAUACUAUUGAGUUGCGAGAUACUGGAAAAUACGGUUUCGAGUUGCCUGCAGAAUACCAAGUCUACCAAGUGAAAGCCAAAGACAAGGUUUCUUUUGAUGCUUUGGUGAAGCUCUACAAUGAGAGAAGCGACAUUUACGAUUUCUGGACUGAGCCUCGUAAUAUUGACUUUACGGCCGACGUCAUGGUCCCACCCGCUUUCACGAAAACGUUCGUCGAUUUGUUGGAGGUUUUCAAAAUGGAAUAUCACAUAAAAAUAGACGACGUUCAACACGAAAUUGAAUUAAGUCGACGUGACAUUGCCCCGCCUCUAGCACCCAAAAAAGCUCUACAGAGAUCCCCUGGUACACCAAGAUAUUCGCUUGACUGGACGUCAUAUUCCGAUUUACCAGCCAUUUAUGAAUUUGUUAAUGAAAUGGCUGCCACUUACCCCAAUUUGGUGACCGUCACAAGUACUGGACAAAGUUACUUGGGUAACGAUAUGCCAAUACUCAAAAUCUCGACAGGAGGAGGCGGGAAAAACGCCAUUUUUGCUGAGGGCGGAAUUCAUGCUCGUGAGUGGAUUUCACCGGCUUUCGUUACAUGGCUUAUUCGCGAAUUGGUAGAAAAUUAUGCAGCACACCCACAAUACGUAGACAACAUCGACUGGUACAUCAUGCCCGUCCUCAACCCAGAUGGCUACACCUACACAUUCUCACCAACAGGGGACCGACUGUGGAGAAAAAAUCGUGCUCCAAACUCAGGUGUCUGCGUUGGAACCGAUUUAAAUCGUAACUUUGACUACUACUGGAACACUGGUGGAAGUACUUCGAUCGAAUGUGGCGAGACUUAUCACGGAGGUUCAGCUUUCAGCCAAGUAGAAGCCCGAAACGUUCGUGACGCAAUGCUGAGCGUUGCAAAUCAAACCAAAGUUUACUUUUCCUUCCACUCGUAUGGACAAUACUGGCUGACUCCAUGGGGCUAUACUUCUGCUCUGCCAGAUGAUUAUCAAGACCUGUCGGGCUCAAUGUCGCCAUUGGAAGAUCAAGACAAGCUGCUGGAUGAAGCCUUGAGUGUUGUCAAAGUUCAGGCUUUGCAGAUGAAGCGUUGUUUGGAUAAACGUAAACUUAUGGACGCCCUCAAACAUGCCUCCACUAUGUUGGGAGAAUUACGUACAUCACUUCUCUCCCCCAAGUCAUACUAUGAACUCUAUAUGGCUAUUUGUGAUGAACUCCAGCAUCUUGAAAUGUAUCUACUAGAUGAAUUUCAGAAUGGUCGUAAGGUUGCAGAUUUGUAUGAGCUUGUUCAGUAUGCUGGGAACAUCAUUCCACGCUUGUAUCUGUUAGUUACUGUUGGAGUUGUGUAUAUCAAAACAAAUGAACAGUCAAGACGUGACAUUCUUCGUGACCUUGUUGAAAUGUGUCGUGGAGUUCAACAUCCCCUGAGAGGUCUGUUCCUUCGAAACUAUCUGCUACAAUGUACUAGGAACUUGCUUCCAGAUCUUGCAGAGAAUGACCCUUUAGCCACUGAGUCCUAUGGCAAUGUAAGGGAUGCCGUUGAUUUUAUUCAACUUAAUUUUUCUGAAAUGAAUAAACUUUGGGUGCGCAUGGCGUAUCAAGGCCAUUCACGAGAUAAAGAACGCCGCGAGCGAGAACGUCAGGAAUUAAGGUUGCUAGUUGGAACGAACCUCGUACGGUUAGCCCAAUUGGACAGUGUUGAUGUUGAACUUUACAAAAAGGUUGUUUUACCUGGCAUCCUUGAACAAGUUGUAAGCUGCCGCGAUGCACUAGCACAAGAAUAUCUAAUGGAGUGCAUUAUUCAGGUAUUUCCGGAUGAAGUUCAUCUUGACACGCUGCACACAUAUUUGAAGGCCUGUGCAGAAUUACAUAGUGAUGUCAAAGUCCACGUAAUUCUUGUCGCUUUAGUCGAACGUUUGGCAGCCUACGGGCAGAGGCAACAAGCUCUAGGCCAACCACCAAUUCCCCCCCAUAUUCCUCUAUUCGACAUAUUUUCAGAUCAGAUUGGAAACAUAGCUCAAGCACGUCCGGAAAUGCCAUCGGAAAACUUGGUUUCUUUGCAAGUCUCUCUAAUUAGUCUUGCAUUCCGCUGUUAUCCCGAAAAAAUUAAUUUGGUUGACAAAGUAUUAGAAUCUACAUUGGUCGCCCUCGACAAAAUUGCAGUAGAAAGGGUUGAUUUUGAUUCUGCGCUGGGUAAAGAAGUCAACCGCUUGCUGCGAAUGCCUAUUAGUCAUUACAACAGCCUGGUCACGCUGCUACAGUUGCCACAUUUCGGUCAAGUCCUACAGAGACUUGAUUUCAAUGGAAGAAAAUCAGUUGCCCUUCAUUUGGUCAACAACGCUCUCGAUAACGAGACCUACAUUACGACGCAAGAACAUGUUGAUGCCGUCCUAAACAUGCUUGCACCGUUGAUAUGCGAUCAGCCGGAUCAGGUUUUGACUGGCCAAGAUGCGGAAGAUUUUGCUGAAGAACAAAAUUUGAUGGCGCGCAUGAUUCAUCUCUUGGCCGCAGAAGAAUCAGAUCUUGAUCAGCAGUAUCGAAUGCUUACUUCAGCACGAAAGCAAUUUGGAGCAGGUGGAGCUAGGCGUAUCCCUUUUACUCUACCUCCAUUGAUUUAUGAGGCUUUCAAGCUUGCUAGGAAGUAUUUCGAUGUUCGACAAGAGGACGAACUUUGGGAGAAAAAGUGUGAAAAAAUUUUCACAUUCUGUCAUCAGUGUAUUGCCGCUUUAGUUAAAGCUGAACUGGCCGAAUUGCCCCUUAGACUUUUCCUCCAAGGAGCUCUUGCAGCUUCCCAAAUUAUAUUUGGAACUCACGAAACUUUGGCUUAUGAAUUCAUUUCUCAGGCCUUCACGCUCUAUGAAGAAGAAAUUUCAGACAGCAAAGCCCAGUUUGCUGCGCUGACUUUGAUGGCCGCUACUUUAGAAAAGCUGGACUGUUUUAGUGAAGAGAAUUCCUCUCCUGUUCGAUCCAAGUGCGCCCUGCUUGCUUCAGCACUGCUAAGAAAACCGGAUCAGUGUCGAGCUCUGAUUUUAGUUUCCAAUCUAUUCUGGUCAUCUACCACUAAGGAGCUGGAAGGAAAACCAAUGCGUGAUGGGAAAAAGGUGUUGGAGUGUUUACGAAAAGCUGGAAAGGUAGCCACUGAAUGCUUGGAUCCUGGAGUGCAAGCUCAGUUAAUUGUAGAACUUGUCAACGCUUACGUUCACUUCUUUCAUCAGGGAAACCAGCACGUUACGAUUACUCACAUCAACGAGUUGAUCAGCAAAGUUCGCCAGGACUUGUUGCCGCAACUGGAGAACUCUGACGAAAAGGAAUUGAUCGAAAGACAUUUGGGCGCCAGCUGUGAGAUGCUGAGGCACCGACGGGACAACCCGUCCAGCACCAGUGAUACGCCUUCGUAUCAAGGAAUCGUAUUAGAAUAAAAUAUUAAAUUUUCUCAUAUAUAAAAAAACUUCCGUUAAAAUUUCCACCCGUUACUGAAAAGAAUUUAUGAAAUUUUUCCUUGAUUCUAUACGUUUCUCCUUAAUUUUCUAAAAACCCACGUCGUUCAUUUUCAUACGCUAGAUGUCCUUAAGUCUCAACAGUGCACGUGGUUUACUGGUUACUGUUUAGUCUUAUAGUGUUGAAUACGUUCCCCGCUCCAUUAGUGUGGCUUUUUCGUUUAUCUUUGCUAAUUCAGUCUCGCAGUGAAAUGGUAAAUACAAGAAGAAAAAGCCAA